GAGGUUAUGUUCAGUGUUUUGCCUUUCUGAAAAUAAUUUAUUAACAAUGAGUACUUCGUCAAGCACAACAAGCGACGAUGAUUUGGAUUCGGCCCCUGUUAGCUUACACAGGGUUGCAAAAAAAUCCACCUCGGCUACUGCAGCUCCAAGUCAGAACGUUUAUUCGACCAGAAGGCAGAUGCGCUCUAAAACUGUAGCAGACAGGUUUUUGGAAAAUUUCAACCCGGAAACGAGCGUGAGAGAGAAACGGAAGCUCAUCCGGAAAAUAAACCCACCUUCGAGUGUUCGUAGACCUAUGGGUGCAGUCUACGAUGAGCAUGGUGUUCAUGUUGCUUCCGGAAUGGAUUUGUGCGACUGUUUGAACGAGGAUUGCGUGGGAUGCGGUUUCGAGUGCACAAAAUGUGGCUCUCAAAAGUGUGGGACCGAUUGCAGGGUGCAUCGUAAGUUUAUCAUCGAUCAAGUGGAAUUUCAUGGAUACGAUCAUAUUCUUAAAAAUCCGUUACAAAAAUAUUAAUCAUGGGAUUUAAAUGCAUCCAAUUUUAAAAUUCAACACUUAAUACUUUAUUAUUCUAGUGUAAGUGUACUUUUAUCCAAUCAGACACUUUUUAUGUUGAUUUAUAACAUAAAAUAUUGUCUUUUUAAUUUAGAGAGAAACUCUCAUUCACUUUUAUAAUAAUUAACACUUUUUGUUAAAUCUUAUAUGAAAACUAUAUUAUUUUUGUAAUAAUAACCUACCAUUGUAUUAUAAUAA